UCCGACAACUCUCAAUCUAAGUUUCGCCCGUACUGACCUCUGAUUUCUCUAACAUGGCUGAGUGUGGAAUAUGCUUGGAGGAGAUCAAGAAACCUGUCUGCAUCCCAUGCGGACACGUUCACUGUGAAAAAUGUCUACGUGGGCACAUAAAUUCCGGAAAUGAUGCUUUGAAAUCUUCAUGUCCAUCAUGUCGAACCAUAUUUCACAUUGCUAUGCCUGAUCUAACAUUCGUUCCCAAAAAAUACCAUGACUUCAUGGCUCCCAGCGUGCGCAAGUUGUAUAUGGACAUAGCAUCUCCUGCGCCGUUGGUCGCCGAGAUCGAUGAACUCAAAAAGCGCGUUGCUACGUUGAGCAGAGAUCGAGAUGCUCUCAUGGAGAAAUGUGAGGCGUACAUGGCAUCUUCUCGCCAGCAUGCCACAAAUGAGAAGGACGCUCGUUUGGAAGCUCAGGCUGCUCGGGACGCCACCAGCAAGCUGCAGAUAAAGUAUGAUGCUUUGAAGAGAGAAUACGGAGACUUCAUGGACCAUUCCAUGUCCCAGACAUCUUCUGAUGGCCGAAAACGCAAAAGCAGGGCAACCGUCGAGAACUCGCCACCUUCCUUCGCUGAAGUGCUUGCCUCUAUUCAGUUAGAGGUGAAGCUCGAAGACCUUCCUGAUACACUUGAGUUUGCGCCUUCGCGGCUUAAACGUGCGCUUCCCAGGUCAAGCGUGGCUUCAUCCUCGCGGCUCGAAGAACCCCAUGAUCCACCUCCUCGAUUUAUUAAGCGUCAGCGGCGCACAAGAUAUUCAGACACGGACCUGGGAUUGCAGAUAUCUGAAGACUGCGAAGGUUGUGAAACGUGUGUCAGAGCCUACCGUCACAGUCAGGUGACAUCACCAAAAUAAGACCACACAUCAUAUGUCCUCUCCACUGUAGAUGUCCAUGCGCAUGUAAUAUGUAUUCCCGUGUAUUGAUAUCUUUUCGUGAUCAUAUCUGCUUGCCACCU